AAGAAAUCCACGGAGGAAAAGAAUAACAAAAAGUUGGUAAAGCUUCAGUCCCACAGCUUUUAAAGUUGAUGGCCACCUCAACUACAAAUACUCCAAGUUUAUUUGCAUUGACUUUCAAUAGCCUCAACAAAAUCAAAGCACUUCAAAGUAUUAAUUACAUCACCCUCAGCUUUGUACGGUACUUGUUUCUCAAUAUGUCUCAAAAAACUAAUCCAAGACUAUAUCAAGAAAUCUUUCUUGUUUUCGGGAUUCUGAGUGUUAUAUUAUUGGCCCAAAAGGGUGAUGCAUACGACUUUAAGGUUGGAGGCUCAACAGGCUGGACGGUCCCUAAAGAUCCUAAUGCUACCAUCUACAAUCACUGGGCCGAAAAGAAUCGGUUUCAGAUUGGCGACACAUUGCUGUUUGUAUAUGCUGCUGGCCAGGACUCCGUUCUGCACGUGACCCAAGAAGAGUACACAAACUGCAACACAGAGAUAGCCCUGGAGAAGUUCACAGACGGGCACACCGUGUUCAAGUUCAAUCAGUCGGGCCCACACUACUUCAUAAGUGGGGUCGCUGAUAAUUGCCGCAAAAACGAGAAGCUAGUUGUGGUGGUCAUGGCUGAUAGAAAAAGCUCACACGGACUAAAUGGAACAGUGUCGACCCCACAAUCAUCACCUCCUUCUCCAGCUCCGGCCGGCGAGGAGUCACCAUCACCGCCGCCUUCCGGCGAGACACAGACGAACCCAACUCCGGCACCUUCUCAGGAGUCGAGACCCCCAAGAAACAGUGGUUAUAUGAAUGGGGCUAGUGUGGUGAGUGCAGUUGUUGCAGGCUUCUUUGGUUCAUCACUUGUUUUCGGUAUCUGAUGUGUGCACGAUAAAUGCGUUUUUUUUUUUUUUUUUAUUCGUUUUUAGUUUUCGGCUUGAUGUUCUUGACAAUGUUGUUUUGGUUGGG